AUGCAACAGCACUCGCUCAAGACGGCGGAAGCAAAGCAGCUCGUGCUCAUGAUAGAUGUCACGUUUGUGGAUGUCUGGGUUCUGGAGCAGCCUGCACCAGAGCACAACAUCCGAAACUCGACGGCGACGAUCUCCCACCCUGUGUCACCGAUGCGCCACCUACACGCCCGCCCUCGUGCACGUUCCAGACUCUCCGAAGACCUGCGGCACUUCCUCCGCGUGCUCGUACCCGGACGCACCCCUCGAUCGCCCCGUGCGCAGAGUGACGCCGUAUCCGCCUGCGAUCCGGUUCGGCACAAGUACGAGGCCGAGGCCGUGCUCCAGGGCGCGCUCACCUUCCUCAAGAAGUACUACGUCGACUCCUUCGACACCUGGCCACGCGUUGACCCCCCGGGCCGCGCACGCGAUCGGCGUGUCAACCUCGCGCGCCUCACCGGCACCGAUGCGCUCCUCCCGGCGGCGCUCAUGGGGUGCUGCAUGCUCAGCACGGACGAGCUCAUCCGCGGCUUCACACUCGAGGACGAGACCGGUGCUUCGCGGGAAGCUCUCGGAGGGGUGCACGCGGCGGGAGGUGUGCGGGGCGGUGUUCUUGAGCUGGUGGAUGAGCUACGGGGUCACGAGCGAGUGGUGUGCACGCUGGACUGGUUCAAGUACUGGACGGACUACAUCGCGGGACGACGACCGGCGGAUCUGCGCGGCGUGCUACAAGAUGCUGCAGGAUCGGGAGAAGGUCAGCACAAGGAUAUCUGGCGGCGGCUGCCGGAGGUGACGGAGGUGACGGUUGAGGGGUGGGCCGCGGAUGGGCCGCCGCCGGCCGAUGCCAAUGCGACGCCUGCGGAAUAG